AUGGAUCCAGCUUUUUACAAAUUUCUAGAAUUGUCAGGAAUAACCAUCACCGAGGACACAAAUUUAACACCGCUACUUGCCGACUAUUGGAAUUUCACAGCCUACGCCGCCGAAUUUCCUAAUAACAUUUAUGAGUUAAAUUUCAUAAAAUGGCAGCUAAACGGAAAAACCAAAACGACAAAUCAAGCUUCGCCACAGCAAAUAAACACAACACCCCAGUAUCAAACUCCACCACGGCAGCAAGUGAAUACAACGCCGUCUCAAUCUCAAACUCCUCCGCAACAAAUAAAUCCCUACCCAUAUCAAGCAUCACCACAACAGAUUUCAAUACCUUCGCCUACAUCAGUAUUCAGCCCGAGUAAAGUUUUAACCGCAGACUUCCCACAGCUACCCGUUAAAUUAGCAAAGUUGAAAAAACAUGUUAACAUCGUUGAAGGUCAGUUUUUAAUGCAUUCACGCUGGAGAUGCCGCAAACCCCUAAACAGAACGAAACCAUUAUCAUUGACGAAAAAUCGACAAAAACCGAACCCGAAAUAA